AUGGAUUUAUUACUACAAAUUCGAGUUUUGCAAUUGAGGCACAACAACUUCUCAGGAAAUCUACCCUCAUCCUUACAAACUUGUGAGCAGCUUCAAGUUUUUGAUAUUGGAGAUAAUGCAUUGGAAGGAAAAAUUCCAUUGUGGAUUGGCCAAAAACUGACAAAUUUGAUUUUUCUGUCUCUAAAAUCUAAUCAACUUAGUAAUCGUAUUCCAUCUAAUCUAUGUAAUCUCCAUGCCAUUGAAAUGUUGGACCUUUCCAUGAAUAGAAUAUUUGGGACUAUCCCUCCAUGUCUAGACAAGUUUACCUCUAUGGCGGAAAAACGAGAUGACUAUGGAUUAGAUACUGGAAGCUAUAUCUUUAGGGUGGAUGUACCUCUUGGUGAGAAUGCUAUAUUACCCUUUGAAUUAGAAUCACUAGUGAUUAUGUGGAAAGGAGUGUACCUUGAGAAUGAAAAGAUUUUUAGAUCAUUAAGACUCAUUGAUCUUUCAAGCAAUCAAUUGACUGGACAAAUUCCAGAGGAAUUAACACAUCUUGUUGAAUUAAUUCAACUUAACCUAUCAUGGAACAAUUUGCAUGGAGCUAUCCCAAAGGAGGUUGGGAAAUUGAGUAAUCUGCAAUCACUUGAUCUAUCCAACAACAAGCUCUCCGGUGAAAUUCCCUCUAGCUUAGCAACAAUAUCAUUUUUGAGCUACUUGAAGUUGUCGAACAACCGAUUGUCUGGAAAAAUCCCCACAGGCACUCAACUACAAAGUUUUGAAGCUUCUAGCUAUACAGGAAACCUUAGACUUUGUGGACUUCCUCUACCAAAGUCAUGCUUUGGAGAUGAAACUUUACAAGGCAACCCAGAUUCAAAUCGUGAUGAAAGCAUUGUUGCAGACGAUGACAAAUGGUUUGACAUGAAACAGUUUCAUAUGGGAAUUGGAGUUGGAUUUGUAAUUGGAUUUGUUGGAGUUUGUGCCAACAUUUUUCUUAUAAAAUCUUGGAGAAUUGCCUAUUUCCAGUUCUUAAAUAGCAUGGAGAAUUGGCUUUAUGUGACAAUUUCUAUCAAAUUGGCCCAAUUGAAGAGAAUGUUUUCAAAUUAA